AUGGCGACAAUGUCUCGUGUCCUGCUCGUCGCGUUAGCGGCGCUGCUCUUCGUCUUCGGCCUGUGCCACGCAAGGCCGGUGCCACAACAGACGGCGUCGUUGGCGGCGCAAGGGAAGGUGGUGGACGGCAUCACGGCCAUCUACAACUUCGGCGACUCCCUAUCGGACACCGGGAAUCUCCUCCGGGAAGGUGACGUUGCCGGCAUGUUGCAGCACACCAUGGGCCUCCCCUACGGCUCUGCCAUCGGCGGCGCCACCGGACGAUGUUCCGACGGAUACCUCGUGAUAGACUUCCUCGCUAAGGAUCUCGGGUUGCCACUGCUCAAGCCGUACCUCGCCAAGGGCGCCGACUUCACGCACGGCGUCAACUUCGCUGUCGCGGGCGCCACUGCCCUCGACACGGCGGUGCUCGCAAGGAGAGGGAUCUCUGUCCCCCACACCAACAGCUCCCUGGGUGUCCAGCUGCAAUGGUUCAAAGACUUCAUGAGUGCCAACGCAAAGUCCCCUCAAGAGAUCCGCGAGAAGCUGGCUCAUUCGCUGGUCAUGGUGGGAGAAGAGAUCGGCGGCAACGACUACAACUACGCCUUCGUGGCGAACAAGCCUGCGACCGGCGGCGAACGCAACCUCUACAACGUUGGCCGCAUGGUGACCGCCGUGGUCGAGGCGAUGACGCUCGUCCCGGACGUCGUGCGUUCCGUCACGAGCGCGGCCAGGGAGCUGCUCGACAUGGGCGCGACGCGGCUGGUGAUCCCGGGCAACUUCCCGCUGGGGUGCGUGCCGAGCUACAUGGCCGUGGUGAACGAGACGGACCCCGCCACGUACGACGGCAACGGCUGCCUCGCCAGCCUGAACUUCUUCGCGCAGAUGCACAACGUGCUGCUGCAGCAGGGCAUCCGGGAGCUGCGCGCGUCGUACCCGUCCGCGACGAUCGCCUACGCCGACUACUUCUACGCGUACGUGCAGAUGCUCAGGGACGCUGGUAAGAUGGGGUUCGACAAGGGGAGCCUGACCAAGGCGUGUUGCGGCGCCGGCGCCGGCGCGUACAACUUCGACAUGGACCGGAUGUGCGGCGCGCCGGGCGCGUUGGUGUGCGCGAGGCCCGACGAGCGCAUCAGCUGGGACGGCGUGCACCUGACGCAGCGCGCGUACAGCGUCAUGAGCGAUCUGCUCUACCAUAGGGGCUUCGCGUCCCCUGCGCCAGUAGAGUUCCCGCGUGUGAAGAGCUGAAGAUAAUAGUCCGCGAUUAAUGGCUAGUUGGGGUUACGAAUUCCUACUGUACUUUUUUCAGUC